AGUGUUUGAGGUGGAGUCCCAAAGGUUGUGUCCCAGUGCAGGCGGGCCCCCGGUUUGCAGACUCACUCGCGCCGCCGCUCGCUCUGGAGCCGUUGGGCCCCUGGCUGCAGGAUGCUGCUGCACGCGCGGAACCUGCGGCUCUGCUUCCUCGGAGCGCGAGCCUGGUCUGCCCCACGACCGCGCCGUUACCACGGAGACAAAGUGGCGACGGUCGGAUCGGAGCCCGACACCAACUCGGACCUCUUCCAGGAAAACUAUGAACGAAUGAAGGCACUAGUUACAGAACUGAAUGAGCGAGCAGAGAAAAUCAGAUUAGGGGGAGGAGAAAAAGCUCGACAGCGUCACACAUCCAGAGGGAAGUUGCUCCCUAGAGAGCGUAUCAACCAACUACUUGAUCCGGGAUCUCCAUUCCUGGAAUUUUCACAAUUUGCGGGUUUUCAACUGUAUGGCGAGGAAGAGGUACCGGCAGGAGGCAUCAUCACAGGGAUUGGAAGAGUAUCAGGGGUUGAAUGUUUAAUUGUUGCUAAUGACGCAACUGUAAAAGGGGGAUCGUACUACCCAAUCACAGUGAAGAAGCAUGUAAGAGCACAGGAGAUUGCGAGACAAAACCACCUGCCCUGUGUUUAUUUAGUGGAUUCUGGUGGUGCAAACUUACCUCGACAAGCAGAUGUUUUUCCAGAUCGUGAUCAUUUUGGGCGUAUCUUUUAUAAUCAGGCCAACAUGUCUGCAAUGGGAAUUGCACAGAUAGCUGUGGUCAUGGGUUCAUGUACAGCAGGAGGAGCAUAUGUUCCUGCCAUGGCUGAUGAAAGUAUCAUUGUGAAGAAUCAGGGGACAAUUUUCUUAGGAGGCCCACCACUGGUGAAAGCUGCAACUGGUGAAGAAGUUUCAGCUGAAGACCUUGGAGGUGCUGAUCUCCACUGCAGGAAGUCUGGUGUGACUGAUCACUAUGCCUUGGAUGAUGCUCAUGCACUUCACUUGGCACGAAAGGCCGUUCGAAAUCUCAACUAUCAGAAGAAAUUAGAUGUGACGGUGGAAACCCCAGAGGAGCCAUUGUUCCCUGCUGAUGAAUUAUAUGGGGUAGUCGGUGAUAAUCUGAAAAGAAGUGUCGACGUCAAAGAGGUUAUUGCCAGAAUAGUGGAUGGCAGUAGAUUUAAUGAAUUCAAAGCUUUUUAUGGAGACACUUUGGUUACAGGCUUUGCAAGGAUUUUUGGGUACCCAGUUGGCAUAAUCGGAAAUAAUGGAGUUCUUUUCUCAGAAUCCGCAAAGAAGGGAACCCAUUUUAUUGAGCUGUGCUGUCAGAGAAACAUCCCCCUAAUAUUUCUGCAGAACAUAACAGGUUUCAUGGUUGGUCGAGAAUAUGAAGCUGGUGGAAUAGCUAAAGAUGGGGCCAAAAUGGUGACUGCAGUUGCAUGUGCAAAUGUUCCAAAAAUUACUGUCAUUGUUGGUGGUUCCUAUGGUGCUGGAAACUAUGGGAUGUGUGGAAGAGCAUACAGUCCAAGGUUCCUGUACAUGUGGCCAAAUGCACGCAUCUCUGUGAUGGGCGGUGAGCAAGCUGCUACUGUUUUAGCUACAAUUACAAAGGACCAAAGAGCAAGGGAAGGAAAAGAGUUCUCUGUAGAAGAUGAAGCAGCUUUAAAGGAACCAAUCAUCAGGAGAUUUGAAGAAGAAGGCAGUCCAUACUACUCUAGUGCCAGACUGUGGGACGAUGGAAUAAUUGACCCUGCUGACACAAGGCUGGUAUUAGGCCUAAGUCUAAGUGCUGCUCUCAACGCACCCACAACGAAGACAAACUUUGGCAUCUUCAGGAUGUAACCAAAGCGUUUAUUUAUUCAACACAAGUAUUUCCUAACUUCUGAAGACGACAGGAGAAUGGAAUCAAAAUAUAAUACAAUCAAAAUACUGUAACCUUUGUGAAAUAAAACUUAAAAUUCCAA